AUGGAAAAAAUAUUGUCAAAAAUUCCAAUCAAAAUUAAAAACGGUGAUGUUGAAAUCUUAGACUUUAAUGUACGUGUUUUGAAAAUGCUUACUUUAUGGCCAGAAAAUGAUAAAAGUAUAUCAUCAUGGAGCUUCAUUAAAUAUUACAUUCUGAUUUUAUCGCUUUGUCCCAGUUCUGUUCCAGUAUUUAUUGAUAUGAUAAUGCAAUUACAAACAAAGGAUGGUUUAAUAAAUGCUACUGAUAAUAUUACAGGAUUAGCACCAUGGUUUGGUAUGAUGUAUAUGACCGGUUGUUUUAUGCGUAAUCGUCAGCAAAUGAAAUAUUUAGUGCGUGUAUUACGAAAUGAUUUUAACAAAUUUGGAUCACGUGAUUUUGUAAAAGAGACAUCACAAAAAGCAUCUUUUUAUUCAAAAUUCUUUUUACUAUACUGUAUUAGUGGUAAUUUCACAUAUGCAAGUAUACCUUUGAUCGAAAAAGAAUAUUGUUUACAUGAAAUGGAGUUAAUGAAUAAAACGCAAUAUUCUGUCUCAUGCGGUGUAAUUAUUCGCACGGGAUUGCCAGGGAUUAAUUUAAAUUAUUCACCAAGACGUGAAAUGGUAAUGAUGACACAAAUGUGGGCUAUAAUUAUGAUUACUGUACCAGUUUUAUCGAUUACAAUGUUUUUAUGUUCGUUAUUAAUGCAUUUAGUAUCCGAAAUACUUAAUUUACAAGAAAUGUUAAUUAAUGUCUGCGAGAAUGGUAUUUCAAAAGAUGAAAUGUUACGUUUUAUUUUUAGAUAUUCUGACAAAAUGCGAGAUGCUUUUAGUAGCAUGUUACUUGUCCAUUUAACUUUAACAUCAUUUACAAUCAGCAUUUUAGGAUACGAAGUUGUAUUUGUAAAAACAUUUGCUGGCUCGCUACGUUUUGCAUUGCAUUUAGGCGGAUGGUUGUUAAUUUUGAUGUUGACUUGUUAUUUUGGCCAACAGUUGAUUGAUGAGAGUAGCAAAAUUGCAUUAAUGGCGUACUCAACAGCCUGGUUUAAUGGUACACCAAGAUUACGAAAGGAUAUUUGGUUUAUUAUAAUGCGAUCACAACGUCCAUUACAAUUAACAGCUGCUUCAAUGGGCUCAAUGUCUUUAGAAACAUUUCUUCGGGUAAUGAGCUCAGCGUAUUCAUAUUUUACGCUUUUAUUGAAUGUUCACUUUAAAUAA